AUGACGUCGCCGCCGUCGCACGUCGAUCCGUCUGCUUCCAGCCCUCCCCCGCGCCGCAGCAGCUACUCCCGACUCGCCGUCUUCAUCGCUGGUGUCUUGGCUACCUCCCUCGCCUUCUUCGUCAGCGAUUGGCCGUCUGUGGACCGCACAAACAUUGGCAACGUCCCGUCGUCAGAGUUCUUGGCGUAUGGACCCAUUGACGUCGUGUACACGUGGGUCAACGGCACGGACCCGCGCUGGAAAAAGGAGAAGGAGUUCUGGCACAAGCACUGGAUCGCGUCGCUCACGGGCCAACCGCUGCCGGUGUGGGGUCAAGAGGCAGACGUGAAAGGGAACGACGACUCGAACGCGGACAACCGAUUCCGCGACAACGAGGAGCUCCGGUACUCGCUCCGGUCAUUGGAGAAAUACGCUCCGUGGGUGCGCCACAUUUACGUCGUGACCGACGGCCAAAUCCCGUCGUGGCUGGACAUUGCGUCGCCUCGAAUCAGUAUUGUCAAGCACAGGGACAUUUUUAUGGACUCGGGUCACCUGCCAGUGUUUUCGUCGCCUGCGAUCGAGUGGAACUUGGACAACAUCCCGGGCCUGAGUGACAUGUUUCUCUACUUUAAUGACGACGUGUUCCUGGGCUCACCGGUGCGACCCGAAGACUUUGUGAGUCAAGCUGGUGUGCAAAAAGCCUACUUUGCGUGGGAGAUUCCGCAAUGUGCUGCGAGGUGCAGGGAGUCGAGUCUGGCGAACGGGAAGUGUGACAAGGAGUGCAAUGUGACGGCGUGUGAUUUCGAUAUGGGCGAUUGCGGAUGUGACGUGAACCCGCUCAAUGGAGAAGUGACAUGUGAUGCCGAGAAGAUUGCGACAAUUCUAGACGACGCGCCCAAGCCUCCAAAAAUGGGCGACUACUUGUGCCAAGUAGCGUGUAAUUACUUAUGGCUGGGGGACGGUGUGUGUAACCAGCCAUGCAAUGUCAGCUCGUGCGCGUAUGAUGGAGGGGACUGUAAAGUGCAGACAGCGCAUCAUCAUGUACACCGUUCGCUUGCUCAUCUUGCUGAUGAGGAAGACGAUGAGAAAUUGUCGCCGCUGAUCGAGAAUCUUUGGUCGGCGGAUGUUACAAGAAGCCGCACGCUUGUGCAUGUGCCGCUUCACGUGAAUGCUACGUACUUGAACCUUACCGAGGCGUUUGGCGUGAAUGGUAGUAUCUGGAGUGCUGCUCAUGACAAUGAGAAACUCAUUCGUUUCGCGUCCGUGUACGAGACGGAAAUGGUUUUGCUGCUUGUGUUUGGCCGUGACAGCGAGGGUUGCCCGAUGACAAGUAGUGUCCAACUAUCAGUGCUUGGUGAAGACGCAGAACAAAAUCCUAUUGAACUGAAGCUGUCGAUCGUGCGAGGAGAGCAACGGAUGGAGCCGUCUGAUGACCUUGCUCAAGUUGAGCACGCUGUUCUACAAUUUUCUGGAGGUGCGUCUACCUUUCAGAAUACAAGUGUCCGGCCAAGUCGUGUUCAGCUGCCUUUCGCGUUUCGGCAAGCUACCUUUCGCACUGUAAUUCCGUCUUUCGAUGAUGACGCGAAAGAUGUCAUGACGACUGAGACAGUCCAGGACAAAUUUGCUGCUAUCGUUGACGAAGAUCUAGCCGACGAGGUGUCACGGGUCGAGGUUUUUCUGCCGUUCGACGUUACAGGAAAGAAAGCGGGUGACGGAAGCAUUGUCAACCUAGGAUGGCAUGCACACAUGCGCCUGCACAACGACGGAGAAGAUAUUGAUUGGCACGAUCAAUACGUUUGUCAGCUGCGAGUUCCGACGAACAAAAAUCCGACGAACUUACCAGCUGCUUCCGGUGACGCUACUGGGGACGUAGCCGACGUCAUCGUUGACAAUGACCAAGGCUCUUCGUUCGAUGGAACGAAAGUGCAGGCUGACGUCGUUCAUUCUACUGACCACGCUUCUGGAGGGACUCAUGAUGAACAGGCUCAUAUGCAAAGUAGCGCCAUUCAGGACAGUACAGAGGACGAAGUCGGGGACGCCGGAGCCGCAUUCGAUGAAGCAGACAGUGAAAUUGCAAAAUGCCGUCUUGCCGACGACAAUAAGGGUGUCAUUGUUACUGUCCGCAUGCUGCCACAUCAUGCGCACACCACGUAUAUAGCGGCCAGGAAGCUUGACGAGGAGGACGAGGAGGAAGAAGAAGAGACCGAUGCAGAUGAUGCAUUCCAAGCUGCAAGAGAUGGUAGCACGCCUUCGGACAUCGACAUUGCUACCGCACCUCAUAGCAAAACGGAUUUUGCGAUGGAAGGGAGCGGAGAGGUAGGCCCGGCACUUGUGACGGACGGUCAUAUCUGCUUCUUUGACGCCGAUCACGUUGACCCGUCCCGCUACCGCUUUUGUUUUGCAUUAGCCAUGGGGCACUACCACUCGGAAAAGGUGGAAAUGGUCCACAAGCCAACACUCUGGGCUUUGCUGCAUCCGCCGAAGCCAGAAGUGGUGUACGCACCUUACGUGGGAGAUGACAUGGCUCUGCUUGAGCUGCCAGAUUGGUGCAUUGACAGCACCACACGGCUCAUUGGGCUUCGGCCUCAAGUUUGCUACCCGGACGAAGUGCCUUUCCCACGCUUGUCCGCCGAGGAGACUAUUGAGGCGGACGUGCGAAAGCAGCAGGAAGAAAACGAAGAAGACGGUCGUCAACUUGCGUGUGAAGCUCAGAAACGACGUCUGGCACGGAGCAAAGAGUCUGAACAAGAAGGUCGCGAGGCUGGGGGCAAAGACGGAAUUCUUGGUACCUUGAGUUCUCUGUACGAGAUCAUUAAGCUUGCCAUUGGUGUUGGGCAUGUGGUGCCUUCAACUGAAAGCGUGGAGGAUGUUGAGUACGCAGACGUUUGCGGACCAGCAUCCCUUCCAGCUGAGCUGGACAAGCACGAGAUGACGCUGGAGAAAGCGCAGGCACACCUGUCGAAGGACACAUUUGGGGAUUCGCUGCGUUUUGUGAACAAGCUAUACAAUCGCGUGUUUGGCAAGCCCACGACGUCGGACCGACGCCGUGUACCGUCGCACAUGCCGUUUUUGCUGCAGAAAUCGAUCAUUCGUGAAAUCAAGGACUACUGGACGAAGGAAGUGCACGAUACGUCGGCCCACCGUUUCCGCCACCCGCAGGAUAUGCAAUUCAGCUUCUCGUACUUUCACUAUAUGAUCAAUCGCGCCAAGAUCCGUCCACAUACGCUUGAAGAGAUCUGGUACGAAUAUAUCGACGCCAACCGGAACGGUAUUCUGGACGAAGACGAGGUGUUGACGGCUGCUAGUCUUGCACACGGAGAUGCACCUCCUGAAGCCUUUGUUGACGAAGUGCGCAAGUGCGUGCAACCCGAGAAACGCGAGAAGGUGCGUGAGACCUUGACGGCCGAGGGAACGCUAAGACUUAGUGAGACGUUGACGCCACAUAUAACGUUGGAACACCUCGAGCGAUGCCCUGAGGUGCGAGACGCUUUGAUCAAGAACGUUCGCUACGAGUCGAAGGUGGAGCUGAUGCCGGAGACCGAGGUGACAUUCCACAUGCUGAGCGACGACUACAAGUUUGCGUGGAAGCAAAUGAUGGGCACCCGUGCUCGCCGCACCAAGUUUGUGUGCAUCAAUGACGACAUGAAGAAUCCGUCGACCGCAGUGAGCCAGAUACUGCACGAACUGUUUCUGUCGAUUUGGCCCAAGCGUUCGCAGUUUGAGCUGCCGUAUCACCUCAAGAAUCGCUACGGACACAUUGACGAAUACAAUGCCGCACGGGAGCGUCGUCAAGCAGCUGCUUGGAUUGCAGUGACGAUCCUGCUGCUGAUGGCUCUUGUCUUUCGCAACAGCCUCCGUGCAAUGUUUGGAUUCCAGGACAUUGCUCGGGCGCGCGCUGCAUCGGCUUCACAACUCGCACAGGAGUUCCAGCAAGAGGACGGAGGGUGGGACCAGACACCACAGGAUGACGAACUCGAUGGCACGCCUACCGCGUCGUAG